AUGUAUAAAAAUAUAUUUAUAGUGACUAACCUUAGUGCUUCUUUGGCAGAUGGCAGCAAUGGUUCAUAUAGCGUCAAACCCCUGUCUGGGACAUCUAACUUCAAGUUUGGGGUCCUAGCAAAGAUUGUCAACUAUAUGAAGACCCGACACCAGCGAGGUGACACGUACCCACUAACAUUAGAAGAAAUACUGGAUGAAACACAACACCUUGACAUUGGAAUGAAACAAAAGCAAUGGCUAAUGUCUGAGGCUCUUGCAAACAACCCUAAGAUUGAAGUUGUUGAAGGAAAAUAUGCUUUCAAGCCCAAGUAUAAUUUAAAAGACAAGAGAGCUCUUCUGAGACUAUUGGACAAGCAUGAUCAGAGGGGACUGGGAGGAAUCUUACUUGAAGACAUAGAAGAAGGACUUCCCAAUGCACAAAAAGCAAUUAAGGCACUGGGCGACCAGAUUACAUUUGUUACGAGACCGGACAAGAAGAAAAUCCUUUUUUACAACGACAAAAGCUGCCAAUUUACUGUAGAUGAAGAAUUUCAGAAACUAUGGAGGAGUGUACCAGUAGACUCCAUGGAUGAUGAAAAAAUUGAGGAUUACCUGAAGAGACAGGGCAUUUCCUCUAUGCAAGAAACUGGACCAAAGAAAGUCAUCCCAGUGCAAAAGAGGAAGAAGUCAACCUCACAGAAGAAACGCAGGUUUAAGACUCACAAUGACCAUUUGGCAGGAGUACUGAAAGAUUACACAGAUGUUACUCCUGGCAAACAGUAA